GGCUGCGCAAGCGAGUCGAGAAUCCCCGUCGUGGGGUGUACGCAUGUGCUAUAGAAAGCUACGCAUGCGCAUCUGGAGUCCCGGGGGGCGUGCAAGAAAAGCAGUUUCUUCUUUAACUCUUCCUGUGCCGGGCGUCGCCGAUUCGGCGGCAGUUACUGCCACUGGUGGCGCGUCGUGACGCUUCGGCCAGCCAUCACGUGGGCGUGACGCACAAGGGAGAGGGGCGGAGGGACGCCGGUGUGCGGAGCCCCCCAAGGCUCGUGCGCUACUGGGGGAGCCGUUCCCCCUCCCCGCCCGGGGCGCAGGCUGCUCUGUGGCGGCAGUGGCUGGCGAUGGCCCAGGCUCCCAUGGAGGAGGAGGAGUGCCCCGAGCUGGUUCCCAUAGAGGAUCAGGCGGUUGGGGGAGAAGAGGCUGAACCCAGCCACAGCACCAAGAUCCCAGUCACUAUCAUCACAGGCUAUUUAGGUGCUGGGAAGACCACUCUUCUUAACUAUAUUUUGACAGAACAACAUACCAAAAGAAUAGCAGUUAUUCUAAAUGAGUUUGGAGAAGGAAGUGCCUUGGAAAAAUCCUUGGCUAUAAGUCAAGGUGGAGAACUCUAUGAAGAAUGGCUGGAGCUCAGAAAUGGUUGCCUGUGCUGUUCAGUAAAGGACAAUGGCUUGAAAGCUAUUGAGAACCUGAUGCAGAAGAAGGGAAAAUUUGACUACAUACUACUAGAAACCACUGGAUUGGCAGAUCCAGGUGCUGUGGCAUCCAUGUUUUGGGUUGAUGCUGAACUAGGAAGUGACAUAUAUCUUGAUGGUAUUGUAUCUGUUGUUGAUGCCAAGUAUGGACUUCAGCAUUUGACAGAAGAAAAAUCUGAUGGCCUUAUCAAUGAAGCAACUAGGCAGAUUGCACUAGCUGAUCUAAUAAUCAUCAAUAAAACAGAUUUGAUUUCACAAGAAGAACUGAAUAAAAUAAGAACAGCUGUCAGGUCAAUAAAUGGGCUUGUCAAAAUUUUAGAAACUCAGAGAUCAAGAGUUGAUCUCUGUGAAGUUUUAGACUUGCAUGCUUUUGAUAGCUUAUCUGGGAUAAGUUUGCAGAAAAAGCUGCAGCAUGUGCAGACGACACACCCACACCUAGAUAAGAGUAUUGUCACAGUUACGUUUGAAAUGUUAGGAAACACAACUGAAGAAAAUCUCAAUGAAUUUAUUCAGAAUCUUCUGUGGGAGAGGAGUGUGAAAGACAAGGCUGGUCAUCCCAUGGAGGUCAUAAGACUCAAGGGGUUGGUGUCUAUUAAAGACAAAUCUCACCAGGUGAUUGUCCAAGGUGUCCAUGAACUGUAUGAUCUAGAAGAGACCAUGGUAAUCUGGAAAGAGGAUGAUGAAAGAACAAACAGAUUGGUUCUAAUAGGCAGGAACUUGGAUAAGGAUAUCCUUAAACAAGUAUUUAUAGCUACCAUGACAGAAACAGGAAAACAGUUGACAUCACACCACAAAGAAGAAGAAAAAUCUGUCCUUAACACUGCAGACUUUUAUAAUAAUGGAUGACAUGCAGUACAGAAGCUUCAGUUUGCUCUUGCAAUUUAUAGAACUGUUAAACUCUGAAUUUGACAUUACUCCUGUUAUGAAUUCAAAAUCAUCUGUUUAAAUAUUUGCAUUUAUGUUAUAGAAUAAAAUAGAGUAAAUUAGUGUUUCUAAAA